AUGCUGGGUUACCUCUCCGCCAUCGUUAACUGCCACCGUAACCAGGCGGUGCAGUCCGAGCCUCCCGUGAGCCCGUACGAGGCAGGAACUGUUGUGAGGAUGAUCGGGUUGUCCGAGAUGGGAGGCGCUGGAGAGUGGAGAGAAGAUGGGAACUCUGAAUCGGCAGAGGGAGACUGGGCCCUGCUGCGCGAAGGCCACGGGGCCAAGUGCUUUCGGGGCAAAAAAGUUCUUGGAGAUUAUGAUAUCAAGGUGGAACAGGCCGAAUUUUCAGAGCUCAACCUGGUGGCCCACGCAGAUGGGACUUACGCCGUGGAUAUGCAGGUGCUCCGGAAUGGCACGAAGGUCGUGCGGUCCUUCCGGCCCGACUUCGUGCUUAUCCGGCAGCACGCCUUCGGCAUGGCGGAGAACGAGGACUUCCGCCACCUGGUCAUCGGCAUGCAGUACGCAGGCCUGCCCAGCAUCAACUCCCUGGAAUCCAUCUACAACUUCUGUGACAAGCCCUGGGUGUUUGCCCAGCUGGUGGCCAUCUCCAAGACUCUGGGAGCAGACAAGUUCCCCCUCAUCGAGCAGACCUACUACCCCAACCACAAGGAGAUGCUGGCCCUGCCCACCUUCCCCGUGGUGGUGAAGAUCGGCCACGCUCACUCGGGCAUGGGCAAGGUCAAAGUGGAGAACCACUACGACUUCCAGGACCUCGCCAGCGUGGUGGCCCUCACCCAGACCUACGCCACGGCGGAGCCUUUCAUCGACGCCAAGUACGACAUCCGGGUCCAGAAGAUCGGCAGCAACUACAAGGCUUACAUGAGGACAUCCAUCUCAGGGAACUGGAAGACGAACACGGGCUCCGCCAUGUUGGAGCAGAUCGCCAUGUCAGACAGGUACAAGCUGUGGGUGGACACCUGCUCUGAGAUGUUUGGAGGCCUGGACAUCUGUGCUGUGAAAGCCGUACAUGGCAAAGAUGGGAAAGACUACAUUUUUGAGGUGGUGGACUGCAGCAUGCCGCUGAUGGGGGAGCACCAGGUGGAGGACAGGCAGCUCAUCACCGAGCUGGUCGUCAGCAGGAUGAACCAGCAGCUGUCCCGGACUCCUGCCCUGUCUCCUCAGAGGCCCUUAACCACCCAGCAGCCACAGAGUGGAGCACUUAAGGACCCGGACCCGAGCAAGACCCCACCGCAGCGGCCGGCCCCCCAAGGGGGCCCCGGGCAACCCCAAGGAAUGCAGCCCCCAGGCAAGGUGCUGCCUCCACGCCGGCUCCCCCCGGGACCAUCACUGCCACCUUCCUCUUCUUCCUCCUCCACUUCCUCCUCCUCCUCUUCCUCCUCGGCUCCUCAGCGGCCGGGAGGCCCCACCGCCCACGGAGAGGCACCCUCCAGCGGCAGCUCCCCUGCAGAGGCCCCGGCUGCUCCACCACCGAAGCCCCAACCUCACCCACAGCUCAACAAGUCGCAGUCCCUGACCAAUGCCUUCAGCUUCUCUGAGUCCUCCUUCUUCCGGUCUUCAGCCAGUGACGAUGCAGCCAAAGCGGAGACCAUCCGGAGCUUGAGGAAGUCUUUUGCCAGCCUCUUUUCAGAUUAGCUCUGCAGACCGCGGGGCACCCGGCCCCCCCGGGAGAGGCUUCUGACACCCUCACCAGCAGCAGGCACCACACCAUGGUGGUGACAUCCGUGACCUUGAUACACGUGGCCCGUCUGCCCUGUCCGUGCUAAGUGACAUUAGCCUAGGAAGGACCCCUGGGACAGUGUCAGGGCUGGUGCCCACCCGGCGAGGGCCACCCGGCCUCCGAGAGGAAAGAGCUGCUUCCCCGUAGUCAGGAGCGCCUCCUCCUGCAUCGUCGUGCGCUGUGAGUUUAGUGGCCUUAUUGUGACCGCGCCAUCCUGUCUUAUUCAUCCUUCCUCGUGAAGCUAGACUUUCAUUGAGGGCUCCCGGCAGCUGCCCUAGCUCAGACGCCGUGCAAAGCAUGCUCCCCUGUAGUCAGCUCUCUCUGCCGGGGAAGUGGCCACUCACCCCAAAGUAGGCUUUAGGAACUUCCCAGACCUGGGUCCCUUUCCUCACCGGAUUGACUGUUUCAAGUACCCCCGCCCACGUAGCCGGGUGGGCGAGAUCCCUAGACUGCUCUGAGGGUGAAGCACUUGGAGUCGGCUGGUAUUCCAGGAAACCGAGGAGCCGCCGUCCCCCCUCGCCUUCCCUCUGGCGAGCGGUUCCUGUGCGUGAGCCGCAGUGAUC